ACCAGGUGCGCUGCUGCCUGUGUGCAGUGCGUGCCUGUGUGUGUUUGGCAGCAGCACAAAAGAAAGCAGUUGAUGAUAUUCAUAGGAUUAAAGGCCUGAUUCCUGGGGACACACUUGGUUGGAUGCAAUUAAAAUGCUUGUCAGGCAUUUGAUACCAGCAACCCCUUGACAAACUGCUUCAGCCGCCGUGAGGUGCAGCAUCCUAUUAUACAAGCUGGUGGCUUGCAGACUGCGUCUGUCUGGAGAUAGGCAGCGAGCCGAUGGAUAACAGCACUCCAGGAGAAUGAUUAUGCAGCAGUUAUUUAAGGAUAGGCUUUUGUGGUAUGGCAGCAUAUAGCUGAUUCUCCAGUAUAUAGUCUUGGACGUGACGCGCUGAUUGGAAUCUGCUUGUCCACAGAUCAAAAAGGAACAGAGAGUUUCCCUUGUUUAACAACAGACACAGCAUCCUAUCAUCUGCUUAAACAGGCCAAGCGGUGAAGGCAAGGAACCAUGGCAGAGGAUAGGAAAGACGAAGCCAAGGCACCGCACUGGACUUCGGGUCAGCUAACAGAGGCUUCUUCACACCCACAUUCACCUGAAAUUAAGGAACAGGGCAGCGCGAGUGCUGGACUAGUCAGAAAUGCCAAUGGAUUUCCCUACCAAGAGGAUGAGGAGCCGGGGCUGGGCGGCCAUGAGCAGCCAGGGACGUACGCUCGGACCAAAGAGAACGGGAUCAAUGGAGAGCUGUCGGCAGGAGACAGGGAGACCGCAGAAGAAGUGUCUGCGAGGAUAGUACAAGUCGUAACAGCUGAAGCUGUAGCAGUCCUGAAAGGCGAACAGGAAAAAGAAGCCCAGCACAAAGAUCAGCCUGGACCACUACCUUUAGCAGUUGAAGAGUCAGCCAACCUGCCUCCUUCCCCUCCUCCAUCACCAGCUUCCGAGCAGACUGGAGCUCUGGAGGAAGAAGAAGAACCAGUAGAGAGUCCGAUGGCUGUGGAAGCAAAACCUGCUGCUCUUCCUGGGAAGCAACUGGGGAAAGAGCACGGGCCCAUUGAGCCUUCGGACCAGGCAAAGGGCCUCUGUGAGGGUCAGUCGGAUUCUGGUUUGGAGGCCAAAGUGUGUCAUGAAGACAAAGUGGCAAGUGUGGCAUCCAGCAGGGAAAGUGUAACUGUUGUGGCGGAAACACCCCUGAAAGACACAUCCCCUUCCUUGGCUGAGGAAGCCACGAAGAUGGAAUUCCGUGUCCAGGAGGGCGCACGCCCUUUCGCAGCAGAACCAUUAGACACAAAGCAACAUGAAUCUGACAAAGACAGUAAGACUGGUGAGCAACCUAAACAUGAUGCCUUAGUUCUACAGCCAGCAAAAACAGAAGCUGUAGAUAAAAAGGAUUCACAGAGCAAAGACAAAGAAAAAAUGCCUUCACCUCUAUCAGAACAGAUCUUGGAAACUGAUUCACAAAAGAAGGGGGAAGCCAGUUUUGCAGAACCUGUUGUCAAGCCUCCUGCUCCUCAAGAACAACAGGACUUGUCAUCUGAACUGCCUAAAGGGAGCGAAACAGAAGAAAGGACUGAAGAUGUGCCCUCAUCAUCCAACCAAGUUAUGACUGUGAAAUCUAAAUAUGACCUUGAAGAUGUCCAAGCUCUUGACAUCAGCCAUGGUGAAAGUUCUCUAUUGCUGUCAGAACCCAAGGCAGAAGCAGCCAAAAGUGAACUUCCUUCAGGCCCAUCUCCUGCUGUCCCCCAGCAGCUUCCACUCAAAGACAGUUCCAAAACAAAACAGGAACCCACUGACCACGUGGUUGCCAAAGAUCUCACUAAAGAUGAACACAUCCACAGAGACAGGACACUAGCUCUGCAAGAAGUCUCAGCAGUAACUGUAGAUGGCCUGAAAACGCCAAGCACCCAGAAAAUCCCUGCAUGGGGGGAGGAAAAGGACAUGACCAAGGAUGAGAGUGAUGAGGAAGAAAGGUAUGACUUCUAUGAUAAAGGGGAGGCUCGAAUAUUAGAUGAUGGUAAAUUUGCAACAAAACCUGAAGUUAAGACGCUUUCUCUAGACAAAGCAGACUUUCAAAAGGAUGGUGAAGCUAAAAAGUCACCUAAUAUUCUCAAAGCAGAAAAAGAAAUGGACCAAAGGGGGCUCCCAGCAACAGGAGAUAUGAAAAAGGAGGUGCAGCCAAGCACACAGGUACCCCCAGCCCAGUUAAGCCAUGAACUGACCCUUGAGAAAACAGUAGAGCACCCUGAUACCACUCAGUUAUCCAGAAUAACAGAGAAAGCCCCUGAGGCACCAAGUUUAACCACUGACAAGGCUCCUACUCUAGAAGCUUCUCAAGACCAAGAUGUUAAAAAAGAUACCAAGGAGGAUAAGACAAGUGUUUCAGCUCCUCAUCAAAUUAAAGAGGAGGAGGAUCGAUCGGGAAUGUCGAAGUAUUUUGAAACCUCUGCUCUGAAAGAGGAAGCCUUCAAAGCAGAUGCUCUGAAACAAGGCAGUGAUUACUAUGAGCUAAGUGACACUAAAGAGAGUAUGUAUGAGCCUUAUCAAACAGAUCGUCCAAUACCUGAAGACAAAGAGGAAGAGGAGAAAGAAUUGCAGACAGAAUUGGAUCAUCAGCAGAGUAUGCCUGCUCAUGAAGUAGGGUACAGUACCCUGGCUCAGAGCUUUACACCAGACAAAUCUGAAGAACCAAGUUCCCCAACAGAAAGAAUGUUCACUAUUGACCCCAAAGUCUAUGGGGAUAAGAGAGAACUCCACAGUAAAAAUAAAGAUGACCUAACUCUGAGCAGGAGCUUGGGACUUGGAGGGAGAUCUGCAAUUGAACAGAGAAGUAUGUCUAUUAACUUGCCCAUGUCCUGCCUGGAUUCAAUAGCUCUAGGAUUUAGCUUUGGUCGUGCACAUGAUCUUUCUCCCCUCGCCUCGGAUAUUCUAACUAACACUAGUGGAAGUAUGGACGAAGGUGAUGACUACCUGCCAGCAACCACACCAGCACUGGAGAAGGCCCCCUGCUUCCCCAUUGAUAGUAGAGAGGAAGAUGAGCACAUGGAAGAAGAAAAAGCAAUGGCAGAAGAAAAAGUCCAGUCUGAGACCUUGGCCGAAUCACCAUUCCUGGCCAAAGAUUAUUACAAAAAUGGGGCUGUCCUGGCUCCUGACCUGCCUGAAAUGUUAGACUUAGCAGGGACAAGAUCUAGAUUAGCCUCUGUGAGUGCAGAUGCUGAGGCGGCGCAAAAGAAGUCAGUUCCUUCUGACACUGUUGUGGAAGACAGCAGCACAGCCCUGCCACCUGUGACAGAUGAAAACCACGUAACUCUAAAAGCUGAAAGUCAGCUGGAAGACUUGGGCUACUGUGUUUUCAAUAAGUACACAGUCCCACUCCCUUCUCCAGUUCAGGACAGUGAGAAUUUAACAAGCGAAACCUGUCCCUUUUACGAAGGCACAGAUGAAAAACUGAGACGCGGCCUAGCUCCUGACCUGUCUUUAAUAGAAGUGAAGUUGGCAGCAGCUGAAAAAUCAAAAGAAGAAUUCCUCAGUGAAAAAGACUUAGGUCAGCAUGCCACUGGUGAGUCCGUUCUGGUGAGGGACUUUGAGCAGGAGAAAAAAGAGAAGCUGGAUACUGUGCUAGAAAAAAGUGAAGAUCAAGUUGACUCUAAAGAGGCCUAUCCCAUUAAAGGUGCAGAGCCAGAGAAGACAAGACCUGGGGCAAUUUUAGAAAUGAAAGAAGAAAGUGUGGCUGAUAAAGUUCAUGUAACUGAUGAUACCAUGUAUGAUAGAAUAUCAGCUUCAGAGAUAGCAAUAGAAAAGGAUGCUGUUUCUUUGUUGAUGGAGAAGGAGGAGAAGACUCUUAGUGUUGUUCCUGAAAUAGCUGAGAUAGAAGCUCCAAUUAAACCAGAUUACAAUGCUAUAAAGCACGAUUUGGAAGUGGCUGCAAGGAGAGCUGACCAAGAAUAUCAGAGUCACUUAGAUGCUAAGAUCAGUGAGGUUGUUUCUCUCCCUUCAGGGAAGGACAAAGCCUCUGUUAAAAGAGCAGAGCCUGAACCCAAAGACACUCAACAGGAAGAUCAGACCAUCUUGUCCAGAGAAGCAAAGGAUGCAGAUGUACUUUCCAAGACUGAGCCUAGUUAUGUGAAGGACAGCACCAAACUGUCAGAAACAGAAAUUAAGGAAAAAGUUCCUAAGCCCGAUCUGGUACAUCAAGAGGCAGUUGAUAAAGAGGAAUCUUAUGAAUCUAGUGGAGAGCACGAUCAAGCCCAAGAAGGUUUGAAUGGAGAAUCCUUGAAACCAGAGGACAUCAAGGCAGAACCUCCAAAACCUCCCGUGUCUGGGGAAGAGACUCCUGCACAGUUACCAGCAAAGGAACCUUCUGUGGAGCUUCUCCUUCCAAAAGCUGAGCCUCUCCAGGAAGAGCCUGCUGAGAUUCAGAUGGAGAGCAUACCACAGCCUGCAGAAGGAACUGAAAAAGGUCCUGAUACACCUGUGAAACCUAUGGAAAUCCAAAAGCUGCCGCCAUGUGAAUUGGCAGCUGGGGUCACAAAACGGGAAGAACCUGAGGAAGAAGAGGUAGAAGUAGGGCAAGAAGAAAAAGAGGAGGAUAAACAGCAUCUUAUAUCAGAAAUGCCCCCAGAAAUAGACUUUGGGAAACCUACGGCUGAAGAAAUGCUAGCCAAGGGUAGCCCAGAAGCACUGCCUGAACUGAAAGGCAUUAUUGAAUCUGUGGUGACAGUAGAGGAUGACUUUAUCACAGUGGUGCAGACAACAGUUGAUGAGGGCGAAUCUGCUUCUCACAGUGUGCGCUUUGCUGCUACUCAGCAGGAAGACAUCGAAACAGGGGACUCCCAGGCUGAAGAGGAGCUGGAGGUUGAGGAAGUAGCUGACAUUCAACUUGAGCCCAAGGAGGGCUCCCCAGAAGCUCCUGCUUCACCCCAGAGAGAAGAAAUCCUGCUCACCGACUACAAGACAGAGACGUGUGAUGAUUACAAAGAUGAAACAACAAUCGAUGACUCCAUCAUGGACACAGACAGUCUCUGGGCAGAUACUCAAGAUGAUGAUAGGAGCAUCAUGACUGAACAGUUAGAGACUGUUCCUAAAGAGGAGAAGGCAGAGAGAGAAUUGCGAAGAUCAUCUCUUGAUAAGCAUAAAAAAGAGAAACCUUUUAAAACUGGGAGAGGCAGGAUUUCUACUCCUGAAAGGAAAAUAGCUAAAAAGGAACCUAGCACACUCUCCAGAGAUGAAGUGAGAAGGAAAAAAGCAGUGUAUAAGAAAGCUGAACUUGCUAAAAAAACUGAAGUUCAGGCCCACUCUCCCUCCAGGAAAAUCAUUUUAAAACCUGCUAUCAAAUAUACUAGAUCAACUCAUCUCUCCUGUGUUAAACGGAAGCAGACAGCAGCAGGUGGUGAAACAAACCAGGCUCCUGGUGUAUUUAAACAAGCAAAGGAAAAACUCUCAACUGCCUCUUUGUCAAAGAUUCCUGCCUCAAAGUCUAGAGCAAAGUCAUUGCUUCCUCCAAGACCCAGCUCAGCUUGCUCAUUAACUACUAAAAGGGCCACUUUUCUCGAUACAGACAGUUAUUAUGUACGGCCCUCCUCAGCAGGCCCAAGAGACUGCUUGUCCUACUCAAAGUCAGAUGCUAAGGAUGGAGUAAGCAAGAGUCCCGAAAAGCGUUCCUCUCUACCAAGACCUUCCUCUAUCCUUCCUCCUCGACGAGGUGUAUCAGGAGACCGAGACAGAGAGGAGAACUCUCUCUCCCUCACAGCUUCUCUUUCCUCUUCAGUACGACGGACCACCAGAUCAGAGCCAAUUCGUAGCAGAACAGGAAAAAGUGGGACUUCUACCCCCACUACUCCUGGCUCCACUGCCAUCACACCAGGGACACCACCAAGCUAUGCCUCCCGUACCCCAGGCACUCCAGGGACACCCAGCUACUCCAGAACCCCACACACUCCUGGGACCCCCAAAUCUGCCAUACUGGUACCUACUGAGAAAAAAGUUGCCAUAAUUCGCACUCCUCCUAAAUCUCCAGCCACUCCGAAGCAGCUACGAGUUAUUAAUCAGCCUCUACCUGACCUCAAGAACGUCAGGUCCAAAAUUGGAUCAACAGAUAACAUCAAAUACCAGCCUAAAGGGGGGCAGGUUAGGAUUUUAAACAAGAAGAUCGAUUUUAGCGAUAUUCAAUCCCGAUGUGGUUCCAGAGAUAACAUCAAACACUCUGCAGGGGGAGGAAAUGUGCAAAUCGUAACCAAGAAGAUCGACUUGAGUCAUGUGACUUCCAAGUGUGGCUCCCUCAAGAAUAUCCACCACAAGCCAGGAGGUGGGCGUGUAAAAAUUGAGAGUGUGAAACUGGAUUUCAAAGAAAAAGCUCAGGCUAAAGUUGGUUCACUGGAAAAUGCCCACCAUGUACCUGGCGGUGGUAAUGUCAAGAUUGACAGCCAGAAGCUAAACUUCAGAGAGCAUGCUAAAGCCCGUGUCGAUCACGGGGCUGAGAUCAUCACGCAGUCACCAGGCAGGUCCAGCGUGGCUUCACCACGCAGACUUAGCAACGUCUCAUCCUCUGGAAGCAUCAACCUGCUUGAAUCGCCCCAGCUUGCUACCCUUGCUGAAGAUGUCACGGCAGCCCUUGCUAAGCAGGGCUUAUGAAUUUGCUCAUUUCGCAUUGUAUGAAGUAAUAAUAUUUAGGCAUGAGCUCUUGGCAGGAAUGGGCUCAGAGCAGGUGUUACAUUCAUUCUUUACCAUGUCUAAAACUAAGUCACAUCCCAAGACUUGUAGUUAACCAUACAGUUAAAAAAAACCAGAAAAAAAAAAUAAUUAAAUAGAUGCAGAAAUUGGCCUGAUCUCCAUUUACAACAGGAAGACACUGGCUUUAUAUGGGUAUACAACUGCAGUAUGUUACAUUGGACAAUUAUUGUUGCUCUGCUCUGUCUUGCAUGGAGUACCGUACUAUGAUAAAAUGCAUUUACCUUUCAUGUGCCUGAAGGCCAUACACCUCUUUCUGAAAAGCCUUGUUAAUACCCCAAGUUCCUCAUUUCACUGUUCUGUUGCUGGAUGGGGAAAUAAAAAAAGUUGCCCAUUGUAAGUUAUUACAGGUUAAAUUAACAGUCUGCUUACCAGAAGGAAGGGCAUAUAGAGAAAUUCAAGUUUAAUUAAAAAAAAUGUGUUAUUUUGUAUAAAUGAGUAGAACAAAAGUUGAAUUAAGUUAUUAACAUUUUUUUGGACCUGGUUAAUUAUGUCAGUGUAUAGCUGAAAAGCCAAUAAAUUAUUUAACUAAUAACUAAAAAUAGUAGUUGAAAACAUUUGAACCAUGCUUGGGGAAGUGACGUAAAAAAGCUGUUGAAAGCAAGUACUUCCACCCCAAUGGACUUGUGUCUGAUUAGAAAGUUGGUUAAGCGGCUAGAUUUGUGUACGCACCACUGGUUUCACAUCCUUUUCAUCUGUUUGAUACAGUAUUAUAUAUAUAUAUUUCUCUGUGGCCAUUUGUGAUAUGCCCUCCUCAUAUACUUGAAUAUUCUACUUCUUUAUUCACAGUAUCUGUGUCUCUUGCACCCUUUGGUGUUGCAAUUUUAGGUAUGUAAAAGUAGAUGUUAGCAGGGUUUUUUUUCCCUAUUCAUAAGAAUACAUUUAAAAAAAAUGAAAAUCUUAGCAUGAAGUUGCUUUCUGUAACAACUAAAAGCCGUGACCCUGUUUUAGUGCCAGAUGCAAAUCUCUUCUGUGAUGCUAGAAAAAGGAUUCCUUCCCUCUUCCCUUCCCUCCCUUUCUUCACAAAGGUAUGGUUUUUGUGGGGUCCAGAUGUUUGUAAAAGGGUCUCCAAAGAUGGCUGAGUUUGGAUUCUGGAUUUUUGAAAAAUCCACAAUAGUUUGGUUCUGGCUUUUUUUUCUUUCUUUCUUUCUUUCUUUCUUUCUUUCUUUCUUUCUUUCUUUCUUUCUUUCUAAACUCCUGUAGUAACAGUGAAUGUUAAAUUUAUUUAUUUUUUUCUUUUGCUAAAGUUGAAACACAUAAAAAGUAUUAAGAAGUUGUUUCCACUCCUUUAGUGAUGUCUCAUGUAUACACUCAGGCACUCAGAUAACAGUGAUAAACAUAACAGAGAUGCCUGUAAAUUGUAGUACGUGAAUAAAUAAAAUGAGCUCCCUAGGCUGCGUUGCCAUAGUGAUUCAUUAACAAAUAGGGCAUCUUAAAAUCUGAGCAAAGUGGGAUUAUAUUGACUAUAAAAAGUAUAAGAAAAAGUGUGCAUAAAAGAUAAAGGACAGAGAUAUAUAAACAACCGAUCUAGCGGAGUUAUCUGUGAGAACUCCGACACUAUCUUAUGGACACUAAGAGAACACUGAAGGUAAUAUGGUAGUAUUACUCAUCAGCGGAAAAUAAUCUGCUGAUACUAUAUGUAUAGUAGACAUUAUGAAAUGACCAGUUUACAUUCUUGCAGAUUGUUUGAUCUUUUCCUUUUGAAAUCUCUUAACUAAACUUUGCACUGUCAGUUGAGCUAUACUUGAUACAUGUAUUAGGUUAACAUUGUGUGUUGGAAGCUUUUGAUCUGUUCUUUUUCCUUAAUUUGUAUGUGUGCGUGUGUGUGUUGGGGUUUGAUCUGAAAAGACUCAUAGAGAAGAUUUUUAUGUCUGUGGAGAAGGAUUCUAAUAAUUAAUAGCACAGGAUUCCCCAUCAUUAAAUUCAGGUAGUAAAUGCACAGUUACUAGACAGUAAAUAUUCAGUGGACCAAAGGGGGAUUUUGGCUAAGCUGUCACAGCAAUACAAAGACAAAACAAAAUUAUUACAUCUCUAAAAAUUUUACUGAAGAUGAACUCCUAACAGCCCCCCACACAACAUUUCAGCUCUGCAGAAAGCUUUUUCACACUAUAAAGUACCUAAUACUGUUUGUAAGUCGGUUGUUUUAUACAAAGAACAGUGAAGUUAGAACCAUGCUAAGUGCAUCUGGAGGAUUCUGAUUUCUGCCUUGUAUUUGUUACACUUUAUGCUUAGAGUAAUCCUAAGAAUUCACAUGGAAACAGUGUGAAGUGAAGUGAGGGGCAUUAAAAGCCUCUUCCCAUUUUUCCAGAAAAACGACAGAAAGACAGAAGGAAAAAACAACAGUAUAUCACAUUGCUCUGAUCAUACUAUCAAUCAAUAUAAAUUAGCCUUGCAGUGGGGUUUUUUUUUACGCCUUUUGCCAAUGUGGGAGAGAGUCUAUGGUACUACUGAACCUCAGCUUCUCUGAAGCUGAACACCAGCUAGUGAGAACAGUGUUAACCUGAGACUCAAGGUUUUUUUUUAUUCUGCUUUUAAAAUUUACAUACUCUAGAAAAUGAAGCUUAGUUAAUCCACCUAUGAGUCCAAAGUUAGAGUGGUGUAACACACCAAGUCAUUUAUUUCAUGCAUUAAAAUGAGCUUUCUUGUCUUGAUUCAAGCAAAGACUUUGUAAUCGUUAUCAUCCUUCCAUAGAAAGAAUCCUAGAACACUGUGGAGUUAGAUGAAAAGAAAUCAAGAGUUUUGUGCUGUUAAGUAAUAAAAAAACCAAGUUAUGUUACAUGACUCUAGAUGUUCACUGAAAAAGCUCAUAUUAAUCUUAACUUCGCAAGAAGAGUGUUGGUUUUAAAAACAACGGUUUUGUAAAUACGUAAUGCCCACUAAAGAAGAUAGAGCCAGCUUCCUGGAAACUGCAUCCGUUGUGUUUCUUUUCCACAGGCAUGUUGAGCCAGCAGGUAUGUUGGGUGCCUGAGACCCAACUCUGUAACAAAGCAGAGUAUUAAUCCAGACAAAAGGAAUGGUGAAACCUUGUUUGGAUAGCUAGGGGAGAGCCCUAAAUUAAUAAUCCAUCAAACUGUAGAGACAAAAGAAAAAGUGCUUCUGCCUCAUCUGCAGAGUUCUGUUUCUAUGUAACCACAAGCAGAAAGCAAGCAAAGUUGAGCAAACCUCUGUCCAGCAACAGUAGAGGAAAAACUAAUACUGAUGAGGAAAAUCAUGUGCCCACAAGGGCUAUGUAUAUUUUCACUGUACAGCAGUAAAUGGUAUUAUCCAUUCAACGCUCUGCUAAGGUACAGUAGUAACCUCAUCGUGACUGCUUACAAAUCUAAGUUUGCCUAUAUACACGACCCAAAGGGAGUCGAAAGGCAGCCAGUGCAGACUACCACGUGAGCAGUUUUUUCCAUGCUGGACCAAAUACUGUUCAAAAUCCAAGUACACAUGUCCCUUCAAAGGCAAAUGCCUUGAAGAGUAGAUCACAUUCGCUAUGAAAAUUGAUGCAGGUAGAUUUCUAGCCUAGGUGUGUGUCGAGUUCACUCACUAGUCAGAUUGCUAAAGCAACUCCCUCUGCAACUCCAGCAACUCCCACUGCAGGAAGGUAAAUUAGUUUCACACUUGGAAAAGUCAAGCGUAUAAAAGCCACUUCAACUUUAGCAAAGAGAAAAAGCCAACAAAUAAACAUGCUGUAUGCUGGGAUGUCAAGGAAUACAGUCUGCUGUUACAAACCUGUGUUUUUUCUGGUAAGUCUAGAGCCUGUUACCAUAAAAGAGGCAUUUCUUGAAUGGCUGGUGGUAGGUAGUUCAUGUUUUUCAAUCCGAUUUGCAAUUGUAUUUGUUGCUGUAUAGUGAUUGUUUUGCAAAAUAAAAUCGCUUGUCAUCUAA